CGUGGCACGCAGCAGGCGGUGUGGACGUGCGCGCCCCUGCUUCUUCCUCUUUCUCGACUCCAUCUUCGCGGGAGCGGCUACGGUGCCCGCGGUUCAGUCGCCAACAUGCAGCUCUUCGUCCACGCCCAGGAGCUACACACCCUCGAGGUGACCGGCCAGGAGACGGUCGCCCAGAUCAAGGCUCGUGUAGCCUCGCUGGAGGGCAUCGCUCCUGAAGAUCAAGUCGUACUCCUGGCAGGCACGCCCCUGGAGGAUGAGGCUACCCUAGGUCAGUGUGGAGUGGAGGCACUGACCACCCUGAAAGUAGCCGGCCGCAUGCUUGGAGGUAAAGUCCAUGGUUCUCUGGCCCGUGCUGGGAAAGUAAGAGGGCAGACUCCCAAGGUGGCCAAACAGGAGAAAAAGAAGAAGAAGACAGGCCGAGCCAAGCGGCGGAUGCAAUACAACCGGCGCUUUGUCAACGUUGUGCCCACUUUUGGCAAGAAGAAGGGCCCCAAUGCCAACUCUUAAGUCCGUUGUAAUCCUGGCUCUCCCCCAAUAAAGGCUCUUAGUUCAAUCA